AAAUAGUUGUUCUUUUCCAGUUUCAGAUUAUUCGUCUUGUUGUUGUGUAUCAUUGCCGUUGUGCAAUGCCAAUAUACGCCACACUCUUGUGGUGGAAUUGGAGACACGACCAAUAUUGGAAUAUCAAGUCAAGGUCUUCCUGGAAAUUCCAACUUUGACGAGUUCAAUCAAGUUUGCUAUGGAAGCAUCAAGAAGUCUCUCAAAGAACUAAAUGACAGCGUCAUCGAAAAAGAAUCGUAUGUUAAGAAAUUCGCCGUAGCCAUUGACCAGUUGAAAUCCCUCUGCUCCACCAUAAAAAGAGUCUAUUCUUUCAACACGACGUUCCAAAACAGUUUGAGUUCUCUCGACCAGAUUCUUAAGGAAAUGGAUUAUAUAUCGAAGUUUAGUGUGAUCGUUCCAGCUGUUGGUAAAUUGCGCGCACUUGUUAUGAAAAAGAUCCUGCCCAUGGCCAUGGAAGCGUUAGAGUAUGCAUAUAUUGGUGUCAGAAACGUUAUUGUUUCUUUGAGAAGAUUCUUAGGGCAAACGUACAGCGAUAGUUUGGAAAAUCUUCUUAUAGAAAUAAACAAAAAAGGUCCCAAAGUGUGUGUAGACUCAACCUCGAUGGGAAAAAGCCUUAGCAACGAGAAGGUUGAGCUUAUGUCCACCUCUGAAUCCUCCAUAGUCCUACUACAAGCCAUGUUUGAAAUACAGGAAUGUGCCAACAAGGAGUGCCCUUCUAGGAAUCAAACUUGCUUUGAUUGCUGGAAAUUUAAUAACAGUUUUGGAAAUGUUCUUUAUCUAAUUCAAAGAUGGAAAGAAGGUAUGCAGUUGUGCUCUAUAAAGAUGGAUAAAUUCAUUGAUCGUUUAAAUGUGACAGCUAAGAUCAACGCCAUAUUUGACACUGCUUUCAACACAACAACAGAAAUUGACCAAUUUCUCAAAAUCGUCUUAAGAAGUCUAGCAAAAUCUGCGAAAUCAAUAGAUCCACUUGAAAAACAUCUCCUCGCGUGCUGCCCAUGUGCACGACCGAAUCGAAUGCUGUGUGACCAAGAGGCUAUCAAGAAUUCUACCCGUUCAAUAACUUGCCCCUUGGAGCUCCUAGUCAAUUUUAAAAUUUUCGAUUUACUUCAAUCUGUUGAUAAGAAUGUUGAAAAGCUCAGAGUUACGCUUUUUUCGGAUGUCAUUUUGGAUAACUACAUUCCACCCACGAGAUUUGAAAUAAAUGUGCCUAAAUAUUUCCAGGAAUGUUUUGGAAGCUCCAGUUUCAAAAGGAAGUUUACAAAGCUGUGUAGCCUCCCAACCGUGGCAACAACCCUGAGGUUUCGUUCACUAAUUUAUCCUAUCUUAAAGCAUUCAUUCAUCGCUCAAACCUACAGUUCUUUACAAGUGGAUAUUGAUCAGUCCUGCACUCAAGUCAAUGAAUCAUUCGAACACUUUGGAAGGACAAUGACCGAGUGUGAUGGCCGAAUUGCCAUGGCGAUAUCCAAUUGUAAAAAACAUUCUUAUGAUCCAGAUCCUGGGGUUGAUUAUUGUCCCUGCCAAAUACCAACAAAAUUAGCAGAUGAAAAGCAACCUUAUUGCGUUGUCUCGAAAAGAUCUGUACUUAUGAACUGUUCAUCCCAUUGUUUAAAUAAUGGCUUUAAACCAGGAAAAAAUCCGACCGGUGACAACGCCAAAAUGAACAAAACGUACGGGUAUCCCGUGUGCGAUAAUCUGAAAUACUACUGCAAGAUUUCAGAUGUUAGCGUAAAGAAUGGAAAUGUGAAAUGUGAUAGCGAGUACAUAUUUCACAACAGGACAUGUCAAAUUGUCCCGAAUCCGGGAUUUAUUUGUCCUGUUCAUAUGAUCGAGUGUAGUCCUUUUGGUUAUCCAAUUAAGGGAGUUUGCUGGAAUUAUCCUGUCGUUGAAUGUGUGAAAGAUGAUGUUAAACGCUAUUCCGCCUGUACUUGUAACAACAAUUACAAAUUCAACACUGGUAAAAUAUUGUGCCAAUAUGGGAACUUCCAAGGCGUGGCACCAACUACAGAUUCUGCCCUGGAGCUGCGGAAGACUUUUAAUUGCUUUGAGCGGCUUGGUCUGGAUGAAGACAUCAAGAAAGACUGUGGUGCUUCAAUGAGCCCAUGUGUCAUCCAGACGUCCAUCGUGAAUCCUUACAAAGGAUGCAAGUAUGCCUCCAACACCAACCAAGACUCCAAUAAUAUAGGCUAUAUUCUUGGUGGUUCCUCUGGGGGAGUUUUGAUAGUGUUCGUAUUAGCCAUUAUGUAUAAGUAUAAAAUUUUAAGAUGUCCUGAAUAGUAUAAGAAAAGCAAGACAUUUCCUUACAAAAAUCCUAAUGAUAAUUAAUAAGGUACAUAUUACACACCUAUCUGACAAAAAAGUUUUCGGGUGACAAAAAGGUGAUAUCAAGCUAGGACAGGAAUAGUGAUUUUGUUGUAAUGGCAUCAAUAAUUCUACGUAUAAUGAUAACUAAGCUGACUGAAAGCUGGCUGAUUUGAUGGAUAGUCAUCGAAGUCUAGCAGUUUUAUUGUAAAACUUCGAUCCAUUAUUGUUAAAUAACCGAAUUUCAAAGAUUUGUUAUUUUUGAAAUUUGAAAUAAUGUAGUUAC